AUGAAUUUGGUAACUCACGAAGGAGCAAACGAGUACAAAUUCGAUUACGUGCUCAAAUUAGAGACAAAUGGGAAGUGGUUGCAAUCACCCGCUUUCAAUAUAAUAGAUAUUCCUGGCACAGAAUUUAAUAUUUCCGCCCAGAUAGCUGAAGAUUACAAGGAUAUCAAUGUACAAAUUCAAAAAAGUAAUCUUAAGCCAGCAAUGGCAAUUAUAAAAGUACAAGUAAAAAAAAUGAAACCCAUGAUCUACAGCGUGGUCGAUUGGAGAAAAAACAUUGAUUUUCAUAACUUUUCAUUCAGUCUUGAUCCCAAUUUGUGUAGAAAAUACAUAUUGUUUCCGCUUCAUAGUAAUAUGAUUAAAUCCUAUUACGAAGUACGAAUUUAUUGCUCGAUUAUCUGGCAAGGUUACUUAGAAGACGCUUAUCACCUAGAUGUGUGCAAUCAUAUGAAAAAUUAUUACGACAAUACUGAUUUCAGCGAUAUGAAAAUUAGCGUCGGAGGCAGUGAAUUUCCUGUUCACAAAAAUAUCUUAGCAAAACAAAGUCCUGUCUUCUAUAAAUUGCUGACCAGUGAUAUGAAAGAGUCCAAAGAAAACGUUAUAUCUUUUCCGGAUGACGAUGUCAGUUCUGUAAAAGAAAUGCUUUUGUUUUUUUAUGAGAAGAAAUUGGAUGAAGCUACAAGAAAUGAAGAAAUGGCAUUGAAAUUGUUCAAGUUUGCAGCUAUGUACCAAAUUGAUAGGCUAAAAACUGCUUGCGAAUAUAUUUUGGUAAAAAAUUUAAAAAUUAUUUUUAUGUUGUGGGAAAGGAUUGUAAUUCAAUUAUUUUGCAACAACAUGCAAUUAUUUUUCUCAAGAAUAAUGUCUUUAAUAUGCUUGACGCAACCGAGUAAGAUGAGGCUAAUGACUAAAGAAGGAAAAAAUAUCUACACAUUUACACAUAAGUUCAAACUUCCAAUCUAUUGUGCGAGCAUGAACUCAUCACUUACUUUAGAUAUCGAAGAUAUUCCUGAUUGCGAAUUUAAGAUUUCCGCAAAAAUAGCUGACGAUUACAUGAAUAUUUAUGUGCAAGUGCAAAAAAGUGAUCUUCGGCCAGCAGUUGCUAUCAUAAAAAUACAAAUGGAGAAUCAUAAAUCGAAAAUUAUCCGUGUAAUUGAUUGGAGAAAAAAUGUUGAUUUUAAUAACUUUAUACUUUCUUGGGCUUUUAAUACAUGUAAUAAGAAUCAAAAAAAACCAGCUGAAUGUUUAGCGUCCCAUCACACUUUCGAAAUGACAAUAUCCUGCUCAAUAAUCUGGCACGGAUAUGUUGAAGAUUUGUACCAUCCUGAUGUGUGCCAACAUAUAGGAAAUUAUUGGGACAAUACUGUAUUCAGCAACGUGAAAAUUAAAGUCGGUGACAGUGAAUUUCCUGCUCAUAAAAUCAUUUUAGCUGAACAAAGUCUUGUUUUUAACGAAAUGCUGAUCAGUGACUUGAAAGGGUCUAGAGAAGACAUUAUUUUUUUCCCAGAUGCUGACGUCGAUGUUAUCAAGGAAAUGAUUCGAUUUUUUUAUCAAAACAGACUAGAUAAAGCUAUAAAUGACGAAAAAAUGAUGUUGAAAUUAUUAAAGUUUGCGAUCAGAUACCAAAUUGAUAAGUUGAAAGCUGCUUGUGAAUAUAUUUUGAUAAGAGAUUUAAAAAUUGAUAAUGUAUUUAAUCUUCAUGCUGUGGGGAUAGAUUACAAUUUAAGUAUUUUGCAACAACAUGCAAUUGCUUUUCUUGAAAACAACAGUUCUAAGCCACUAAUUCACCCUGUAGUUGAUUGGACGCAAAACGUUGAUUUUAAUCACAUUCUGAUCUGUGUGACGCCUGAUUGGCAGAAAGACAUUUCCUAUAAAUGUGAAUUUUCAUAUAGUCGUUUAUAUCGCAGCAUACCAGUACACUGUUCAAUAACUUGGCAAGGGUACAUAGAAGACACAUAUUACCUAGAUAUGUGCACACAUAUUAAAAAUUAUUACAAAAACACUGAAUUUAGUAACAUGAAAAUUAAAGUCGGAGACUGUGAAUUCCCUGCUCACAAAAAUUUGUUGGCAAAACACAGUCCUGUAUUUCAUAAAAUACUGAUCAGUGACAUGAAAGAGUCAAUCGAAAACAUUAUUUCUUUCCCGGAUGCCGAUGUCAGUACUGUAAAAGAAAUGCUUCUGUUUUUUUAUGAGAAAAAACUGGAUGAAGCUACAAAAAAUGAAGAAAUGACGUUAAAAUUACUCAAAUUUGCAGCUAUGUAUGAAAUUUCCCGAUUGAAAACUGCUUGCGAAUAUAUUUUGAUAAAGAGUUUGAGAAUUGAUAAUAUUUUUAUUCUUUAUGCCGUUGGAAAAUAUUAUAAUUCAACUAUUCUGCAACAACAUGCACUUAUCUUCUUGAAAAAUAAUGCCUCUGAUUUACUCGAAGGAGCGUGUGAGAUGUUUGAAUAA